AUCACAAAUCACUUGCACCGAUACACUUCUUAUUAUAUUAUAGAAAAAUAGUAUUAAAAAAAAAGUUUAAAAUACAGUGCGAGAAAGACUUGCACAGCAGAGUGUGUUGUGGCUUGGGUUUGGUGCAGUUGUUGAUAUAAAUAGAGAGAAAAAAAAAAGAAAAUAGAAAGUGUAGAGUGUCUGUUCUUCUUCUUGUGCAAGUUUUAAUGGCGUGAGUGUGUACAGUACAGCUAGGGUGGGAGUAACCGUAUGAGAAUGUUGAAUCUUUGCAUGCUUCACCAACUCUUCACAAAUAAAACCCAAUAACCCAGAUGUGAUGUGAUCGUUUUGUUUUUUCAAAUGAAAAUGCGAUUGUGAGUCGCAUCAUCCAGACGCGACCUUUGAUUGUUCAACCCUUACCCAACCCAGACCAGACGACGUCGUAUGGCUUUUUCUUUUACCCUUCUGUUCUGAGCUUCUUGAAAUGGCGAAAGAGAUGAUAGAGAAGGAGAGGGACGAGGGAGAACUGGAGGAGCUAGAAAUGUUGCUGGAUGAGAUCCCUCACGCCACAUCGCAUAACCUCCUUCGUUAUUAUCAUCAUGGCCAUCGACAUGCCCAUGCCCAUGCCCAUGCCCAUGAUGAUGCUUCUUUUUUUACAAAACAGCCACACUAUGGUAAUGGUAAUGCUAUGUAUUACGAUGAUGAUCCUUUGACUCAGAUUAAGUUUUCGUGUGCGUCAUCAUCACCUCUGAGUGGCUUCUCUCUGCAAUCUGAAGGUUCUUCUUCCAGUUUGUUCUCAUCAUCGCCUCCAUCUUUCGAGGACCUCAAAUCCACCGUGCAUUCUCGAAGCUCCUAUUACCCUAAGAUUCCUGAUUCCACCGAUGAGAGGUUGGUUCAUGAACUAGGCCUCUGCGCUAAUUUCAGUAAAAUGCACAUUGCUCAUAACAAAAACAACAAUAAAUACGACAAUACUAAUGUGCUUCCGUUUCGUGAUUUUAUUAUUAAUAAUGUUCACAACGCCCGUGGUGGUGGUGGUGGUGGUGGU